AAGCAGAAAGGGUUGAUUUAGACUGAGUUUAACUUGAUUUGCAAAGAAAAUAAAGCCAUGUUCCAGCACAAUCCGCGUUAGCUGUUUUAUCCAGUGUCCAACCUCCUUAUUAGGAUUUUUGAGAGAUCCAUGUGCGUCACACUCAGCAAAGGGUGUAAAGUUCAGUAAUGUUCAGACGAGUCCAACAGCUUGAAAGCAUUAAUGUUUCUGUCUUUUUUUUCUGCUCAGGUGGGAGGUCAAUCCUUCAUACUGCGACACGGUCAGGAAGCAUUAUCCCUACAACUCUGGAAACAGACUGCUCAAUAUGAUCGACAUGGCAGUUUUUGACUUCCUCACAGGAAACAUGGACAGGCACCAUUAUGAAAUUUUCACAAAGUUUGGAGAUGAAGGUUUCCUGCUCCACCUAGACAAUGCCAGAGGAUUUGGACGCCAUUCCCAUGAUGAGCUGUCCAUUCUCGCACCGCUGACCCAAUGCUGCAUGAUCAAGCGCUCGACUCUGUUCCGACUGAAGCUGCUGUCGAGCUCUGAGUACCUGCUGAGUGACGUGAUGAGGGAGUCUCUGUCACGGGACGCUCUGAGUCCAGUGCUGACGGAGGAGCACCUGCAGGCCCUGGACCGUCGGCUCAAACACACACUCCUCGCCGUGGACACGUGUGUGGACAAACACGGAGAAGCUCAGGUGGUCUUUACUGACUUUGAGGAAGCAGACAGAGUUACUGCAGGACAGCAGAGGUGACAGCGGGAGCAGAGCGGAUUACACACACACACACACAAACUCACAAACACAAACACACAACUGAGGAUACAUGUGCACAAUACCCCUGAACAAAUCCAUGGAGAGAAAUAUACUGUUAUCCUGUGAAAUUGUAAAACUUUUUUUAAAUAUUUCCCAAGAGAUGUUUAAUGGAUCAAGGACAUUUUCGUAGUAUUUCCUAAAAUAUUUUUUUUUCUGAAAAUGUUUAUUUUAAUUUGGCUGGAAUAAAAGCAGUUUUUAAUUUUUUUUAUUUUAAGGUCAAUAUUAUUAGCCCCCUUAAAGGAAUAGUUCAAUGUCAAAUUUUGUCAAAAUAAGAUAAAAAGUUUAUUCUAAAAAUUUAAACUUUUGUCAUGACUGACUUCCCAUAAUUUUGGCUCGUUUUGUCUUGCAAAUUAUGGUAAGAAAUGGUAAAAACAAACGGUCAAAAAUUCAAAAUGAGACAAACUGCCAUAAUUUUUUUUC